AUGCUGCUCCAUAUAGUUAAAGGUCCAACUUCUUUUCAAAGUCUUCGCACAGUGAAAAAUUUCAUUUAUGACACUUUUCAAGGUGCAUGCAAAGCGUUGGGUUUAUUGGAUGACGAGUCUCAUUGGGAAAACACGCUAUCAGAAGCGUCUAUAUGUUGUACACCUAAAUCACUAAGAUGUUUAUUUGCUAUCAUGCUAACGUUUUGUCAAAUUACUGAUCCUUUGAAGCUUUGGCAAAAUUAUCGUGAAAGUAUGGCCGACGAUAUACUGCAUCGAAAACGACAGGAAUUGUCAUCAAAUGAUAUUAGUUUUGACCAAAGUAUAUUUGAUGAAGCUUUAUUUGAAUUAAACAAAGAAGUGGAAGUUUUAUCGGGAAAAUCUAUAGUACAUUUUGGUUUUCCCUUACCGAUAAACAUAAAUAGAACAACAAUUAAUAUUGAGUGUUUAAGAGAGAGAAGUUAUGAUCAACAGCAACUAUUACUGUCCGUUCAAAAUGAAAAUCAAUUAAACCGUGAACAAAGAAUUGUAUAUGAUUCAGUAAUGUCGUCUGUUAACAAUAAUGAAGGCAAAAUAUUAUUUUUAGAUGCUCCUGGGGGCACGGGUAAAACUUUUUUGAUAAAUUUACUUCUUGCAAAAGUAAGAUAUGGUGGAAAAAUUGAUCUUGCGGUAGCGUCAUCUGGCAUUGCAGCUACGCUAUUAGUAGGGGGCCGAACAGCUCAUUCUACAUUUAAACUUCCUUUGAAAUAUGAUAGUGACGAUAUUACGAGUGUCUGUAACGUUUCAAAGCAAAGUGGUACUGGUAAAUUGAUGCAGGACUGUUGUCUAAUUAUUUGGGACGAAGCGUCAAUGUCCCAAAAAACUUCAGUUGAAGCUUUAGAUAGAACGAUGCGAGACUUGCGUCAUAAUAAUAGUCCUAUGGGUGGCUGCACAGUGUUGUUCUCUGGAGACUUCCGUCAGAUCUUGCCUGUGGUUACAAGAGGGACAAGAGCUGAUGAAGUCAACGCGUCUUUGAAAAGAUCCUACUUAUGGCCUUAUAUAAAAAUAUUAGAAUUUAAAACUAAUAUGAGAGUGCUAUGUACAGAUCAAGAUAAUAUAAAUUUUGUCAAAGAUUUACUUUUAAUAGGCAAAGGAGAAUUUCAAGCAACGAAUGAUAAAAUAAAUAUUAAAAGUUUCUGUAAUUCAGUACCCACUAUAACAAAAUUGGUUCAAAACGUGUACCCGAACAUUUAA